ACGUUUUUAAGGGGCUUAAAAAGUGAGUUAAGUACGCUAAAUACUGUGAGAGUUAAUUUAGUGACUUAAUAGUGCACUUUCACACAGAUUUCUGUACAGCAGGGAUUGGCAGAGACAAUUCUGCCUCUGGGUCAGUAAAUUUAAGCUUACAUAUAAAUUUAUAAAAUAAAACAAACACAAAUUUAUGUCAUCAAGAUGACAUCAGAUCUUCAGGAGACUCCAAACUAUUCAGUGCAUCUCAUCAUAGUAGCUGACUUUUAUGAACUACAACAAUUAUAUUUUAUCAACCUAAUAACUGUGUUCUAAGAUUUUUUUCUUCUCAGGAAAUCUGUUAUCUAUAGAUUUACCCUUGAGCUUGAAACUAACGGGAGCCAGGCGAAAGCAGUAGAUUAACGACACCUAGAAUUGCUGAUUAAAGAUGAGAGCGGCCAGCUAGCUUAGCUGCUUUAGCUAGCAUGAUUUGAUGGAGUCUGACAGGGUUGGAUAACCACGAUGGAGCGGCAGCGAACGACGUUGAUAUAGUAGUUAUAGCCAGAUACAGUGAUGCGUUAAAAGCGGUCGGUUUGGACACAGUAACUGAAGGCGGACAGCAACACGUUAUGCAGUCAUGAAGCGGAUUCGCACUGAGCAGAUCCAGUAUGCCGUGGCUCAGUACCUGAAGAGGAGGCAGUAUGUGGACACUGACGGCUCCCUGAAAGGAGCCAAGCUCUACCAGUCCUCCGAAGAAAUGGCUGCAAGUCUCACGGUGCAGACGGAGUCAGGAUGUUCCAAUGUCGUUUCUGCUGCACCAUGCCAGUAUGACCCACAGCAUUAUGAGAUUCAGUAUUCCAAGCUCCGCACCUUCCUGUCAGAAGCAGACAUAUCCUGGGCAAAAGAGGUGAGCAGUGUCCUCUAUCCGCUCUUCGUCUACCUCCACCUGGACAUGGUGCGCUUUGGACUGAAGGGGGCUGUGGAUGGUUUUUACAGUCGUUUUCAUGGCGCCUUUCUUCAGGACAGUGAGCAGUGUACCAUCAUAGAGCAGCUCCGCCAUGUCCUCAGUGCACAAGACAUUGUGACCAACCCCAAGCUGAAUGCUUUCUUAGAGCACAAAUAUGUGGUUCACCUGACGGAGCCAGCCUACAGCUACCUGCUGCGUUACCUGCAGAGUGAGGACAACAGCGCCCUCUGUAGGAUCCUCAGUACACACCUGCAGCUGGAGGUCAGUGCCUCGAGGCGGACAGACUACCAGCUCUAUGGAGCUGCUUGCGGGUCGACAGCUGCUCCAAACUCCACCUCCUCCUGGGCCGGAGUGGAUGGAACAGAGAGUGGUGAUGGGGUGGAGGUCCCAGCAGGGAUCCCACAGAAUGAGGCAGCCCUCGAGGCUCUGCAGGACUGCGUCAAGAAAGUCCGUGAGGGACCACCGUCACUCACCACUGUCUGUUUUUACGCCUUCCACCACACGGAGCAGAUGCUGAACACUGCUGAGGUCUCGGCUGACAGUCGGUUGCUGGCCGGUGGAUUUGACACCUCCACGGUAAAGCUGUGGAGCCUCCGUGCCAGAAAGCUUAAGGCCAGACCCCAUCAGGCUGAUGUGUCACACAUCCACCUGGCAUGUGACGUACUGGAGGAGGAAGUAGAUGAAGAGGACAGCUCAGGCAGUGAGAUAAAGACGCUGCGAGGUCACAGCGGCCCAGUUUUUCGUACCGCCUUCCUCACAGACAGCUCCGGCUUGCUCUCGUGCUCUGAGGACACAACCAUCCGCUACUGGGACCUGGGCAGCUUCACCAACACGGUGCUCUACCAGGGGCAUGUCUACCCAGUAUGGGAUGUGGACGUCAGCCCCUGCAGCCUUUACUUUGCCAGUUGCUCUCACGAUCGCACCGCCCGUCUCUGGACGUUCUCCCGGACAUACCCAUUGAGGCUCUAUGCAGGGCAUCUUUCUGAUGUUGACUGUGUGAAAUUCCACCCGAACUCCAACUAUUUAGCCACCGGUUCCACAGACAAGACUGUGCGGCUCUGGAGCACCCAGCAGGGGGCGUCUGUUCGCCUUUUUACGGGCCACCGUGGCCCUGUGCUGUCACUUGCUUUCUCACCGAAUGGCAAGUACUUGGCGUCCGCUGGUGAGGACCAGCGGGUGAAGCUGUGGGAUUUGGCAUCUGGGACUUUGUUCAAAGACCUAAGAGGACACACAGAUAGUGUCACCAGCCUGUCCUUCAGUCCGGACAGCAGCCUAGUGGCAUCUUCAUCUAUGGACAACUCAGUGCGGGUGUGGGACAUCCGCAACUCACACGGUGGGACGUCAGCUGACAGCUCGUCCAGCGAAUUGGUGGGAAUGUACACUGGAAACACCAGCAACGUGCUCAAUGUCCAGUUUAUGGCCUGCAACUUGCUGCUGGUGACGGGAACCGCACAAGAGAAAGCGGAGCAGUAGAUGUAGCUGUCACAUCUGGUGCUCUUUUGGGCGAGAGCUGAAUGUUUCUCUAUGUCUGAAACUCAGGAGCCCGUUCCUUGUUUUGCUCAUUAAUUCUUGGCAUAAAAACAGAGAUACAUGUUUUUGUUUCCUUUCCUUCAAAUUUCAUUCUUCAUGAACUGGCUUUUUUUUUUUUUUUUUUUUUUUUU